UUUUGCCUUGCAAAUUUUUCUUCAAAACACCAACCAAACCCGAAAAUGUCACUCCAUUUCUCUCAAAGGUUUCGUUUUUCUUAAGUUUAACCCCUAAAGGCCGAAACACCAAACAACAACUUUUUUUCCACAUUUUUUGUGGAAGAAAAAGAUUUUUUUUUGCAGGGCAGAAUUAGAGGAAAGGAAAAGCUGAGACAUGAAUGAGUUUAGUAGUUACAGUUGUGUGUUAUUGUUAGUGGUUUUGGGGUUUAGCGCGGGAAGUUGUUAUGGGUUUCAAACUUUCGGGUUUGAUAUGCAUCAUAGGUAUUCGGAUCCGGUUAAGGAAAUACUGCCCGUUAAUGAGUUGCCGGUGAAAGGAAGUCCGGAGUAUUAUAGUGCUAUGGUCCACCGUGAUAAAAUAAUUAAGGGCCGUCGAUUGGCAACGGCUAAUGAUCAGACGCCUGUUACGUUUUUCGGUGGGAACGAGACUUAUCAAUUGGAUUUCUUGGGAUUCUUACAUUACGCCAAUGUAUCAGUAGGGACGCCAGCUUUGUCAUUUUUGGUGGCAUUAGACACCGGCAGCGAUCUCUUCUGGUUGCCAUGCGAUUGUACCAGUUGUGUGAAAGGCAUAAGGAUUGCCGAUAAUCAGUUAUUAGAAUUUAAUAUCUAUAGCCCUAAUACGUCAACUACAAGUUCCAAGGUUUCCUGUAACAGCGCCAUGUGUAAACAACAAAACAAAUGUUCUUCACCUCAAAGUGAUUGUCCUUAUCAAGUUCUCUAUCUGUCCAAUGGCACCUCAUCUACUGGGAUCUUGGUCGAGGAUGUCUUGCACUUAACUACAGAUGAUGUUAAAACCAAAGCUAUUGAAGCCAACAUUACUUUCGGUUGUGGGCAGAUUCAGACUGGAUUUGAUGGUGCAGCUCCUAAUGGUCUUUUUGGGCUUGGUAUGGAUAACAUAUCUGUUCCUAGCAUAUUAGCAAAAAAAAAUAUUGCUUCGAAUUCUUUUUCUAUGUGUUUUGGAAAUGAUGGGGUUGGAAGAAUCACUUUUGGUGAUAGUGGCAGCUCAGAUCAAGGAGAAACACCAUUUAAUCUCAGGCAAUCACACCCCACUUACAAUGUCAGUAUCACUCAAAUAAACGUGGGAGGAAACGCUGAGAAUCUUGAUUUCAAUGCAAUUUUUGACUCCGGUACCUCAUUUACCUAUUUGAAUGACCCAGCAUAUACACUUAUUUCUGAGAGCUUCAACAACUUAGCCAUAGAGAAGCGGCAUAUGUCUAAUUCUUCCGACCUUCCCUUUGAAUACUGUUAUGACCUAAGUGCAAAUCAAACCAGCUUUCAGUUCCCUGUAGUGAAUCUGACAAUGAAAGGUGGAGAUCCAUUUUUUGUUACGGAACCAAUAGUGGUGGUUUCCUCACGGCGUGGGAAUGUAUAUUGUUUGGCUGUUGUGAAAAGUGACAAUGUGAAUAUCAUUGGACAAAAUUUCAUGACUGGUUACCGUAUAGUCUUUGAUCGUGAGAAGAUGGUACUGGGAUGGAAAGCAUCCAACUGUUAUGAUAUUGAGACUUCCAACACUUUACCAGUGGAGCCACCAAUGGCGGUCCCUCCAGCUACUGCUGUGGAUCCUGAAGCCACAGCAGGGAACGGUCAAAAUUCUGACUUUCCAGGGGGAUCGCCACCCUUGUCAAACCAAUCACCUCGGAUGAAAACUUUGUCGUUUGCACUCACAAUUGCUGUCAUUCCAUUUUUUGCCUUAAUUUAAUCAUUCUUUACUUCAGAGCUCCCCCAUCCCAACUCUGUACCGUAGGGCUUGUUUUGGAUACACAGGAGGAGAGCAUUUUUAGCUUCCUUAUUUUCUUUUUUCUCUAGUGGCAUAAUUACACGGUGUUGUAAAUAUGUUCCGAUUUACAAGAGACAUUGAUUAUAGCAUUUCUUACAUUUCUAAGUUAUAAAAUUUGGAGUUGCGUACCCUUUCAAAAA